GUGAACAACAACAAGUUUACAUUUACUUUCCCUUAAAAAGCAUAAAGAUUUUCGACCCAUUUCCCCUUCGCCUCUCUCCAUGCCCUCUAUUUGCAGAAAGAUUCAUCCUUUGCCCUCAAAACACCAGUUUUAAGGUAACCCACAACGUCAAAUCGCAUGAACCUCGUUGGUCAAACCUCAAACUAACAUGGAAACAAUCAAUCUUUACAACAUCCCACUACUCUCUUAGACCACAUCAAUCUUAAAGGGGAUAUGGAGUUAGGAAAUCAAACGUCUUUCGACAAGGCUUCGUCGACAGCCAUACAACAUUUGGGCUUUUUAGACAGGCUGCAUACAAAAGCCCAAGAUCAACCCGAAAAUGUAACGGGUCAUGCGGCUGUAGCAGAUUUAGACGUAGACCUAAGAGAAAUAUACUUUUUGAUCAUGCAUUUUUUAUCAGCGGGCCCGUGUCAAAGGACGUUUUCGCAAUUUUGCAACGAGCUUCUCGAAUAUCAGCUUUUGCCAAAGAGAUAUCACGCUUGGUACUCGAGAAACGGUGAAGUUACAGGCGAAGAAAACGAUGACGGUAUUUCGUUCCCUUUAAGCUACGAAGGCGUUGCACGAAGGUAUUCUCAUAUUGAUAAGGAUCACUUGGUGAAGCUGCUGAAACAGUUACUCGUGCAUGUGGCCCCGUCAAGGGGUAUAUUUGGAAAAUCACCACCUACUGCCGCUGAUGUUCCGACUCUUCUUGGAAUCGGCCCGUUUUCGCUUCUUGGAUGCAACAAAAAUGAAGCUGGCCCACAUGUUAAGCCUUUGCCAGUGUAUCUCCGGUGGCCCCACAUGCAGGCUGAUCAGGUUCGUGGGAUUGGAUUACGGGAAAUUGGAGGCGGUUUUCCGAAACACCAUCGUGCUCCAUCUAUUAGGUUUGCAUCGUAUGCUAUUGCUAAACCGUCAACUAUGGUGCAAAAAAUGCAAAAUAUAAAGAAGUUAAGAGGACACCGGGAUGCUGUCUAUUGUGCAAUAUUUGAUCGCUCGGGAAGAUAUGUGAUCACGGGAUCAGAUGACCGUUUGGUCAAAAUUUGGUCAAUGGAAACGGCGUUUUGUCUUGCCAGCUGUCGUGGGCAUGAAGGUGACAUUACCGACUUAGCAGUUAAUCUAAACAAUACUUUAGUGGCAUCCGCAUCAAACGACUACAAUAUUCGUGUUUGGCGUUUGCCCGAUGGGAUGCCUAUUUCAGUUUUACGGGGACAUACCGGUGCUGUUACUGCCAUUGCAUUUAGCCCAAGACAUAAUUCUGUUUUCCAACUUUUAUCAUCAUCUGACGAUGGCACUUGUAGGAUUUGGGAUGCUAGAUAUUCCCAACUUUGUGCACGAAUUUACGUCCCGAAGCAAACCAACGAUGCUGCUGGGAGUAACAACGGUCCUUCAUCAAGUACGAGUAACCCACAAAACAAUUCAAUACUAUGUUGCGCUUACAAUGCCAACGGAACCAUUUUUGUCACGGGUAGCUCUGAUACGUUCGCUAGGGUUUGGAGUGCUUGUAAACCGAACAUAGACGAUUCGCAACAACCGGUUCACGAAAUGGAUGUAUUGGCUGGUCAUGAAAAUGAUGUGAAUUAUGUACAAUUCAGUGGCUGUGCUGUGGCUUCAAGGUCAGACACCUUGGCCGAUGACAAAGUACCAAAACUAAAAACUUCAUGGUAUAGCCAUGAUAACAUUGUUACAUGUUCCCGUGAUGGCAGCGCAAUUAUUUGGAUUCCGAAAUCACGUAAAUCUCAUGGAAAAGUUGGAAGGUGGACACGAGCGUAUCAUCUGAAAGUUCCCCCUCCACCGAUGCCACCUCAGCCACGCCGUGGCGGUCCACGUCAGCGAUUUCUUCCAACUCCUCGCGGCGUGAAUAUGAUUGUAUGGAGUCUCGAUAAUCGUUUUGUGCUUGCUGCCAUCAUGGAUUGCAGGAUAUGUGUUUGGAACGCUAGUGACGGUCGCUUGGUACAUUCCUUGACGGGUCAUAGUGAAUCCACCUACGUUUUGGAUGUUCAUCCUUUCAAUCCGCGAAUUGCAAUGAGUUCCGGUUAUGACGGGAAGACGAUAAUUUGGGAUAUAUGGGAAGGCAUACCUAUUCGUAUAUACGAAAUUGGACGUUUUAAAUUGGUCGAUGGAAAGUUUUCCCCGGACGGGACUUCGGUUGUACUUUCGGAUGACGUGGGGCAAAUAUAUUUGCUAAAUACAGGGCAAGGAGAGUCGCAAAAGGAUGCCAAAUAUGAUCAGUUUUUCCUUGGCGAUUAUCGGCCUCUUGCACGGGAUGCUCAUGGAAACGCCGUUGAUGAGGAGACACAACUUCCUCCCUACAGAAGGAAUAUUCAAGAUGCUCUUUGUGACUCAAGCAUGCUUCCGUAUCCCGAACCGUAUCAGAGUAACUACCAAAGACGACGGUUAGGUGCACUUAAACUAGAGUGGCGUCCGCCAUCUCUAAAAUUUGCAGUUGGUACCGAUAUCGGUUUAGGUCAAGAAUAUCACAUGUUACCAUUGGCCGACUUGGAUGUGGUGGCGGAACCGCCACCGGAGUUCUUAGACGCCAUGUUUUGGGAACCGGAAAAUGACAUCAUCAUCGACAGUACCGAUUCAGAAUAUAAUGUUACCGAGGAUAGUGAAGAUGAACAAGCGAUUUCGGGUAAUAGCUCGGGUGAUGCGGCAGAGAGCAGUGGCGGAAAUAAUAUCGAUGACGGGUCCCGCCGACGGUCAAAACGAAAGAAACCAAAGGAUUCGGAAUGGACGUCUUCGUCUGGACGGCGUGUUAAAAGAAGGAACACUAACGAGCACGACGGGACUUCAUCUCGAAACAAGCGAACAAAAAAAUCUAGAAACAACCGCAACAACGCAAAAGUGACGUCAUCACGAGCUCAGCGGGCUUCUGUACGAAACGGUAAAAAAGUUUCGUCACAAGAUAUUAGUGAUGAUGAAGAAGAUGAGUACGUGUCGGUGUCGGAACAUAAUUCGUCGGAAAGCGAGCCCGAUAUCGAAGAAGUAGAAGUAGAAGAAAAAGAAGAAGAAGAAGAAGAGGAAAAGCCAAAGGUUUCGAUCCCACCGGAGUCAAAAGAGUCGAAACCGAAGUUGGUAUUGAAAAUCUCCCUACCGAAAAAGUCACCGGUUUCCCAAAAUACCCAAACUACCCUCAACCGAUGCAAUGAACCGUCAACGUCUUCAAGACGUGAAGAAGAAGAAGAAAGGUCAAAACCGUCCGAAAACCACAAUACAACCAAGCCUACGAUAAUAAGAAUUAAAUCGUCGAGUGGUGAGUGCUCUCAAACGAAAAAAGAAGAUGAUACGGGUCCUCAAAAGAAAAAGACUAUCAAGCUCAAGUUCAAGACUCAAAACGCUAAAGAAAACGACAAUUCAACAGAAGUUGACGCGAUGAAACGACAACCGAGUUCUCAUGAAACAAACGAUGCACCUCAAAGUCGCAAGAAUCCAUUGCAUUUAAUCGUUUCUAAUAGUUCUAUGGCAAGUGGUUCCGGAAGCAAGUCGAACGAUCAACUCGGCAAAACCAAUUGGCUUUUAUUGUCGGGUCAAGAAGGGAGAUGUCGAUAUAUUCCUCAACUCGGUGAUGAAGUUGCAUACUUUAGACAGGGUCAUCAAGAGUACAUAGACUCGGUAGGCUCGUCAGAACGUGAGCCAUGGGCGUUAUUUAAAAACAAAAUUAUUAGAGACAUGGAAUUAUGUUUGGUUGAUCAUUUGGAUUACGUCACCGUGGCGGGCUCCGGGGAAAGCGGUUGUAAACUUAAGCUCAAGUUUAUCGAUCCGUUAUCUGACGUGUCGGGUAAAUCAUUCACGUUGACUUUACCAGAGUUGAACGGCCAACCUGAAUUCUUGGUUGAGAGAACGCGUUACGAAAAUUCGCUUGAAAGAAACUGGAAUGUGGGUGAUAAAUGCUCGGUGUGGUGGCAGGAUGAGGGCGGUGGUGGAAGUAUGUGGCAUGGUUCUAUUGAUUCCAUUUGUGAUAAAUCAGUUGACUUUCCCGGAAGUCCGUGGGAAAGAUAUCUUGUUAAAUAUGAAGCGGAAGACGUACGGCAUAGCCCAUGGGAAUUCGAGGAUGAAGAUAGUGAAUGGGAGCAGCCCGGGAUUGAUCCCGAUAUUAGAAAGAUGAUGAUUUCUUUGCUUGCCAAGCUAGAGUAUUCCGCUAGGGGCAAUGAGGACAAGUACGGGAUUAAGAAGUUAAAACAAACUUCAGAGAGGCUAGACUAUAUAAACAGGUUUCCGGUUCCAUUAACUCUUGAGAUCAUCGAACUAAGAGUAAAAAACUUGUAUUACCGAAGCUUGGAAGCGAUGAAACACGACAUCAAAGUGAUGCUAUCGAAUGUCGAAACUUAUUUUACGAAACACGUGGAAAUGAAAGCGAAAAUGAAGCGUCUGUGGGGCCGGUUUGAAAGAGUAUUGUCAAAAUUGUAGCGAAAUGAAACUGUUUUUUUUUUCUAAGUUAGGAACAGAUUUAGAGUGUUUGGUGAACCGGUCAAAUAUAUAAUUUAACCCGGUUCAAAAAUAGGUGGAGGUCCAUUUGUUUGGGAUGAACCGGUUUUGUUGAAACCAAACAAAAAUAGAGCAUUUAAGUUGUACUUGAACUAUGUACAAACUAACUAAAAUUAAUUGAUACAGUUUGCACACUUUUUUUUUUU